UACGGGGAUUUACAAGAUGGAUGCGCCCUUGAAAUGUGAACGAAAGGACUAAUCUGAAUAAAAGCAUAAAUAAACAAUGGAUCCGAAAGGUGAAAAUAAUACCAAACCAGAUUUCAAGGACAAAAUUGACAAACAAAAUGAAAAGUUUCAGUCUCCUGGUUGGAGAAGACUACCGAGCACUUCUGCAUUUAGAGCCAUCAAUUUUGAACUUUACGUGAAACCCAAUGUAAUGGUUAUGGGACCUGGUACCUUGCUGUUCCUGGGUUGUAUUGGAUAUAUAAUCUACAUGAGGAUGAAUGAAGAUAAAAAUACAUACACGACUAUGAAUGAAGAUGGAACAUUAUCAAAAAGACAAAGAACCUCUAGAUGGGAUUAAGAAUUUUUUUUUAAGUUGGAACUUUUUAUCGAAAAGAAAUUAUAGUUUAACACCAUUCUUCACUUUGAUAUGAAGUUUGAGUAUAUAAGGUACAUACAGUGUACCAGUAGUUGGCAAAAUGGAUGUAUUAUCUCUGUCUGAUUGUUUCUGUGUGAUAUGAUUUAUUUAUAAAUAUUAAUUAUAUUGCAUUUAUGUUAGCAUCUAUAUAUACAGUAUCAAAAUGAUAUCUAUAUUUUGAUAGAUAUGGACAUCAAAAGAUGUUUUGAAUUGAAAAUAAAAGAAGUUUAAUGCUAGA